AUCAUGGCGGAACGUAAAAAACAAAGUAUCACAGCAGCUGGAGCCGAUAAAUCCCUGGGCAAAGGAAGAGCAUCCACUAAAACGCUUAAUCGCGCCUCUACUACAAAACCCAAAGCUGCUUCCGCUGCUGCUGGCGAUGGUGCCGGUGCUGGUGGAGAUGCCGAUGACUUGGAUGCCUUUACAAAAUCCCGCCAACAACAGAAACCAGAACAUCAGUUGGAUUUGUCUGCGGCCGAAUUGUCUGAGGAAAUUACUAAGGUGCUCACAACCACCAAUACCAAUGUGGUACACAAUCUGGUGGUCUACAGUUUUAAGGAGGAAGAAUAUGUAACCCUUCCUCCUGCCGGUAAUACAGUGACCUUAUUGAAAUUCGAUGGCAACUCUCUUCAUAUCGAUUCCGAGGAGGCAAGAUACCAACUUGAGGAGAUGGGCGAAAUUGGUUAUCCCCUGCCAGCUCCCAGAUAUUCCCUUAUGGAAGCCGAAGCAGCUGGUGUAAAAGUUGGCGAGGAAGGCGAUGGAGAGGGUGAAGAUCAAGAACCCAAAGAAGGUGAUGAACCAGCUGAAGAGCCCGAAGCCGAGGAAGAACCCGAAGAGGAGGCAGCUGAAGAGGGAGCCGAGGGGGAAGAAGGUGAAGCUGAAAAAGUCGAAGAAGAAGUUGUUGAAGCCGCACCAGCACCUGUUGCCACAGGUGGUAAGAAAAAGAAACUCAUAAAUCAGUUUAAUUUUUGCGAGAGAGCUGCAUUAACAUUCACCAAUCCUACAAGGAAUGUUGAAACCCAAACCAUACCUCCUCCCCGCUCUCAAUAUGGGGCUAAUGUAUUACAAUGGGUUAUUUACGAUAGUUAUAUGGAAGAUUUUGAACGCCAACAAAAAGAUCGCGAUAAAAAGGAGGAUAAGAAGGUGCAACGCAAAGAUGAAUCAAAGAUGAGUAAACAGGAAUUAAAGGCAGCCAUGGCUGAAGAGUUGAAUAAGAAAUACCUCAAAUGUUGGCAAAUCUUGGAACGUAUGAUCAAUCAGAAUAUCUUCAAAGACAUCGCUCAUGAUUAUCGCUAUUGGGAAGAUCCUGCCGAUGAGUUUCGUGAUGGUGAAGGCACCCUAUUGCCCUUGUGGAAGUUUCAAUAUGAGAAAACCAAGAAAAUGAGUGUAACGGAUGUCAUGUUCAAUCCUCAUUAUUAUGAUUUAUUUGCAGUGUGCUUUGGAUCGCAUGAUUUCAUGAAACAGCCCAGUGAAGGUUCUAUAUGUCUUUUUACGGUAAAGAAUCCUUCUUAUCCGGAUUUUAUCAUAAUGACUGAAAGUGGUGUCAUGUGUUGCGACAUUCAUCCAAAAUAUCCUUUUCUGGUUGCCAUUGGUCUAUACGAUGGCAAUGUUCAUGUUUACAAUCUUAAGGAAAACUAUCGGGAACCUUUGUAUGUAUCGACUGGAGUAGGUGAUAAACAUAUUGAAUGUGUCUGGGAGAUCAAAUGGGGUCCUGAUAUGGCAGAUGGUGAAAUCAACUUUUAUUCCGUUUCCUCUGGUGGUCGAGUAUUCAAUUGGGUUCUAAUGCAGAACAAGCUGAUGUGCACCACCAUUAUCACAUUGUUCCUUGAAAAUGGUGUGGUAUCGGGUCCAGAUGGCACUGAGAUGCGUCUACGCAGCUGUGGUUCCUGCAUGAAAUUCCAUCCCGAAGAUCCAGAGAUAUUCCUCAUCGGUACAGAGGAGGGCUGCAUAUACAAAUGUAGCAUAGCUUACAGCUCAAAAUAUCUAAUGACCUAUAAGGCCCACAAUCUCUCAGUAUAUCGCAUAGAUUUCAAUCGUUUCAAUUCAAACAUCUUCAUAUCGUGUAGUGGCGAUUGGCGUGUCAAAAUAUGGGAGGAUAUGCGUACUGAACCUUUGUUCAUUUUUGAUUUGGGCUCUGCUGUGGGUGAUGUCAAAUGGUCACCCUAUUCGAGUACCGUCUUUGCAGCAGUCACCAAUGAGGGCAAGGCAUUUGUCUUCGAUUUGAAUGUGAACAAAUACAAGGCGAUAUGUGUGCAAGCAGUGGUGCCGAAAAGGAAAAAUAAGCUGACGCGUUUAUCGUUCAACGAGAAAUUGCCAUUCAUUAUUGUGGGAGAUGAUAAGGGCACUGUUACCUCCCUAAAGCUGUCACCCAAUCUACGUGUCAUGGUCAAGCCACCCAAAAAACAACAAAAUGUGGAUCAAUCCAUUUUGCAAAUUCAAAAAUUAGAAAAAUUACUGUCCUUGGUGCGAGAACUUCCCGAGGGUGCCAUUAUCAAAGACACCACCACCACCGUUCAAAGUUGAAAUGAAAAUUCGAAAAUAUUGAUUAAGAUUCAGUUUGUUUUUAUUUCCGGCAUUUAAGUUGUGGUUUUGUAUUCUUUUCAUAUUACAAUUAAUAAUAAAUGUUAUGUAUGUAUGUAUGUAA